UGUGGCGGCUCCCGAGUCUCAGACGCCAGAAUGGAAACGCUCCUCGGUGCGCUCACUGGCACACCUCCCUCUCCUCCUCCUCCUCUUCCUCCUCAUCAUCUUCUUCAUCUUCCUCUUCUUAAUUGCGCAUCGGCACUCCGGCAGCAGCAGCACACUGGGAGUCACGACCACGAGCGUUUGAAGUGAAGAAGUGAGGAUGAUGAUGAUGAGCUCUCUGCGUCUGUGGAGCGACCUGAUGAUGGAUUGAACUUGAACCAUGUUGAAGGCUUUGUUGGAUUCAGAUCUCGGUUUGUGGAAUAUGUUGCAGGGAGAUCUCCAGCGGGGCUGAUGCUGAUUCAUGAAACCAUGACACGUUUUCUGCUCCUGACUGAGGUGAUGCUUUUUGUGUGAAGCUGCUCCAAACUCCGACGCAGAGAGUCCCCCUGAAAACCCGGACUAAAGAGGACUCUGCUUCCCGUUUCUGACAGGCCGCUGAGAAAGACCAAAGACAUCCAUACAACGAUGUAAUAAAAGAUUUCCUGCACACACAUCUGCGAGUGAAUGGAAAUAAACUGCACCGACUCGCAUCCAAGUGCGUCAGACCUGAGCGGACCGCCGUUACGCAUGGAGACAGCUCUGGACUGAGAGGAUUCUUUACCUGUUUAUAUCCCAGUUGAUGAUUUUAACUCUGAUAAAAGAGGGAAAAAAGUUAUUCCACUCCUCCUCAAACAGAAAAUGAGUAGCUGUCUCUUCCGACUGGCACUCCUCGUGGCUUGCGUCCUCUCCAUCCGCUGCACCGCUGCGCCCGGGACCGAGGCGGAGGCGCACACGGCGCCCCGGGAUACCUGCGCGUCCUGCGGCAUCGCUCAGCCGGAGGACCCCGAGUCGGGCCGGCUGAACGUGGACUUCCUAGAGGCGGUAAAGAGGCACAUCCUCAGCCGGCUGCAGAUGCGGGAGAGGCCCAACAUCACGCACCCGGUCCCGAAGGCGGCCAUGGUGACGGCGCUGCGGAAGCUCCACGCCGGGAAGCUGCGGGAGGACGGGAGGGUGGAGAUCCCCAACCUGGACGGGCACCCGAUGAGCAACGAGGUGCUGGAGGAGAGCUCGGAGAUCAUCAGCUUUGCAGAGAAAGAUGACAUGGUGACAUCCAAGUCCAGCCUCUUCUUCCUGAUCUCCAGCGAGGGCAACCAGAACCUGUAUGUGACGCAGGCCACCCUCUGGCUCUACUUCAAGCUGCUGCCGUCUCCGGUGGAGGUGCGUUCACGGCGGAAGGUGACGGUGAAGGUGUACUACCAGGAGCCCGGCCUCAGCAGCAAGUGGAACCUGGUGGAGAAGCGGGUGGAGCUGAAGCGCAGUGGCUGGCACACCUUCAUGCUGACUGACGCCGUCCGGCUGGUGUUUGAGAAGGGCGACCGGCGGCAGAACCUGGACGUGCGCUGUGAAGGCUGCGAGGCGGAGGGUGUCAUGCCCAUCCUGCUCAACCACAAUGACGAGUCCCACCGGCCCUUCCUGGUGGUGCAGGCACGGCAGGCCGACAACACGCACCGCAUCCGCAAGAGGGGGCUGGAGUGCGACGGCAGCAGCAACUUGUGCUGCCGCCAGCAGUUCUACAUAGACUUCCGGCUGAUCGGCUGGAACGACUGGAUCAUUGCGCCGUCAGGCUACUUUGGGAACUACUGCGAGGGGAACUGUCCGGCCUACAUGGCGGGCGUCCCCGGUUCGGCCUCGUCCUUCCACACAGCGGUGGUGAACCAGUACCGCAUGCGGGGGAUGAGUCCGGGCUCCAUGAACUCCUGCUGCAUUCCCACCAAGCUCAGCACCAUGUCCAUGCUCUACUUUGACGACGAGUACAACAUUGUCAAGCGGGACGUUCCCAACAUGAUUGUGGAGGAGUGUGGCUGUGCUUGAGUAUGUUUUAUUCCUGUUUAUUUAAGGUGGAACUGAAGAACUUAACUGUAAACAGAUUCACAAUAUUACAACAACAAAAAAAGAAUAUAGAAACAGAAUAUUUAUGGACGAUGGAAAAAACAUGUGCACACACAACCUCAUCCACACAUAUCUACACACCCUCAUGUAUGCCUGCACAAAAACUUGUAUAUAUAUUUAUGUUUGUUGAUAUAUUUUGUUAUAUUCUCUGGUGGAAGACUGUUUCUGUCUAGUCUCCUUCAAAGAGACAUGAAGAGUUCGCUUCCAAAUCUUUACAAUCAAUAUCCGAAGUUCUUCAUUAAGUAUCUCUAAGAUAGUGAGGAUCUGGUUUGCUAAAGUGUUCAAGACUUACAUUACCUACUAGCCUUUACAAAGCAGCAUCAUUUGAUGUAACGUUCUGCUCUCAGCCACGUUGUUAGAGUCGAUGCCUCUUGUUUAGAAGUGGGUAUCGUGUUUUGGAAUGAAGCUCUUCAUGUAUAGAAAAUAAACCCAACCUUGAACGUCUCCAGAGGAGGUGUAGGGAGCCUUACAUGAGUCACAAAGAAGGUUGGGGUGAUUCAACUAUGCCUCUUUUAAGAACAGUGUGUGCAACAAACACUUGGGACAAGCACUGACAAUGUCUUCACACCAGUCACCAACGUACAGCACUUCUGGCCGGGACUCACAUUUACACUUUGUUCCAUUCACAAUAAAACUGGCUUCAAGCAGAUAUAAACAUUUGGACGCAUUCCAGGAAUGGAUGGAAACAGAGGAACAAAAUCUGUAGAGACUUUUCAACAAGGAUUCUGUUACACUGACGCUGCCACCAAACCAUGAAUUAAUCCUCCACACUGACAGCUAAAGGCAGACUUACCAAUGUGAGGUGUCACACCUGAAAUUCAAAGAAAUUCUAACUGUUUGGGGGGCGUUUCUCUGACCGUCAUUCUCAUCCUUUUUACAUCUCUGGAUUAUUCUCUUUCCAUUAUCUUCAUUGUUGAGUUAACACUGAGGCAUGAUGCUGAAAGCUGGAAAGUUCACCUUCAGCCUAACCUUAACUUCUGAUGGGAUUUCUACACAGCUUACUAAAUGUUGUGGGAUGUGAAAUGAAUUAAAUUUGUGGACUCAAUGUUCAUAUUUCCUUUCUAAAUUUAGGAAUUUGCAGCCUCAAAUUAUUUGAUUAUUUCCCUUGAAAAAACAUCAACUCUCAAAUUACAAAACUGAUCAGAUUAAACCGUCACUAUGAGCUGCUCAGAUUUAAAAACACUUUGAUUUUGAUCUUUAACUGUAAAAUACGUUAAACACAACAGUAACUUAUCUUUAAAGGUGUAUUGCAGCCCACUACAAUCUGUAGAUUUCAUUAGUCAGAAACAACACAAACUAUGUCCAGGUCUGCCUAGUCCAGUCCAUUUACAAAAUCCCAAAUGGACGACUAAAUCUGAUGUACAUUUCAUCAUUUCUGACUUGUUCCAGACAUUCUGACUGGAAGUUUAUAUUAUACGUGACUAGUAAUAACUUGACCAAACUUCCACCCUUCCCUCUUGGUCUUGGUAUCAUUUAAGUUAAAAAGAAUCUUCUUGUUUUCCACAGUUUCGGUUGAACAAAUACUCUUUUAUAGUGUGUGACCAGCACAUGAAGAUGGUGGAACGACCUCACAUUUAUCAGUCUUUGUUAAUGUUUGGAUACUGCAAGCAAAACCUUCCCUCAGCUUCUCCUCGAAGGGGAAAGGGAGGCUCGAUUCCCUCCAGUUUCUCAAAAUCAAAUCAAAUAUUUCUCUCAUUUCAGUCAGUGAAAGUGAAAAGUUGCCAUAUUGCUCAGUUUAGUGAUGGUGCAGCUUCGCACUUCCCGACGCACACUUUGAUAGCACUUGCAGAAUUGAAAUGCCUUUAACAAGCCCUAUGUGGCGCACCAUUGCCCACAGUCCUUCUAAAAGAAAUAAGUGCCGCAUGAGCUAUGCAAUGUAUAGUAUUUACCCAUACACCAGACAAGCUGAACUUAAGCUCUAGUGACAAACUAUCACCUAUACUUGAAAUGUAAGUGUAGCAAGCGGGGGCAGGUUGGGCUUCAGCUGGGAGGCAGGAGAAGACAGCAAGUCUCAACAAAAUGCUGAUGGGAUGGUUAAGUCUGACAGAAAGACCAUUUAUUUGACUCUAACUGCUCCACUUAAAAAUAAAUAAAAGUUUAAAAAGCCUCAGUAUGUCAGUGUAUAACAGCCCUAACACUUCUAACCACAAGUGAUGACAUUUAUGAAAUUCUCACUGUUUGGCUGGUGGAAAAAUAUCAACCCUGUCUUCUAAAAAUGACAGUUACGUACUAUUAAUUGGCUUUGACAAAUACGUUCUGGAGGAAAAUAUAAUUGUUGCUGUUUUUUCCAGUCCACAAACUGCUAGGUUGUUGGACUGGACAGUUUGUUGGGGUGGAUGGUGGGGGGAGAGGACACAGCAGGACUUUGACAAGGUUUCCAUCGUCCGCUUUGGUUAAGGUUAGGAAAAGAUGGUGGUUUUGGUUAAAUAUUGAAAAAUUAAACACAGCCUUUCUGUUGAAAAGGAGUCACGACUGGAAUAAAUGUUGUAUCUACUUUAACUGCAGUGAUAAUGUCAGCUGAAAGUGACAUAUCUGUGACAAAAAUAUCAAUAAAUUAUUAUUAACCACUUCCCCAAGGGGGUCAUGAGAUAAAUUUAAGGGGCUUUGAGAUGAUUAACACGAUUGGAAAGAGUGGAAACAUAUUGAAUUGUUAAAACAGCAGUCUUCCAUUUAUUCUGUCACUCCCAUUAUGUCAUCAUUAAAUGAAAUGUCUGAAAUCUAAAAAGAGGCUAACUGGGGCUAACUUUGACCCAAAUGUGGUGAUUUUUGGAGUCUAAAUGAAAGUGUCCCUGUGGAGUUCCCAUCAUGGCCUGUUUGGCACCGUAACACACUUUGAGACACAGUUUCAGGCCUCAGUCACUUUGACAUCACUUUGAGAUUUUCAGGUUAAACGUUCCAGCGACCUGUUAUUUCACUAGUCUAUUACAUUCUGCUCCCAUUCGUAGGCUUCACCACCAUGAGGUAUACAUUUAAGAGAAAUACCUGAGGUCCACAUACUGCUUAUUAUCUCACCUUUUCCCGCCUCCUGUCCGACACUCGACCUGGACCUUGCUUGCCACUGUAAUCUUUCGCUUAUUCUUCAAAGCGAAUGGUUGUUAGAAUAUUUGCACUGAGGACUUGCGUGACUAGUAAUAAGAAAAUAAACUAAAUAGAAACUGCCAUUGAAUAAAAUAAAAAAAGUUAUUUUUAUAGAAGCAAAAUUGAGCUCUGUUCAAAUGUAUUAUACCUAAUCAUGGAACCAAAGAGGCCAAGAGGUUUAGCUAUUGAAAGAUGGCACUGCCGUCGUGUUUUUGUUGUUGUAAAUUACUUUGACAGUUAAAAGAGGCCUAAACACUGUAUCAGGGUAUAAUAUCAGUCCAUAAUCUGCUUAAUCUCUUUUCUAUUUUGUACCUAGACAUGGAAUAUGUCAUAUUUUUUCAUCAAAUUACUUAAAUAUUCCUAGUUUUCUUUCUUCUUUUUGUUAGCGCUUGUUCCAGAAUCAUUUAGAGUAAAGCACACGCCAUCUGAUCCCUGUACAGUUGAUGUAACAUAUGAAUAUGCUUUUGAAAUAUUUUGUUCUUUGUUAUUGUUGAAAAAUAAAUUUCUUAUUACCAAAUGUA